GCUUUAAGACACCGCGGGGGCUUGUGGGUACGUACAUCGUCUGUGUUUUGAGAAGCCAGCGCACAGAUGGUCGCUCUUCCUCUGGACCCGCGAGCCUCCAAACACUUUGCAUGUAUCGUCAUAUGAAUCCAUGCGUGACCCUGAGAGGCUACUUGUUGCCCGUGUUUGGUGAGGAGCGCAACAAACGCGGGGAAUUCAUUAUUUAUUGACUCUUAGCAUAUGUGCAAUGAAAUCAAGCUAGGUCGCUAAUUUAGCUUCCAGAACGGAAGUCAUUCUCAGACCAAAGCGGGGAUCGCACAGUCAAGUAAACCACAUUUUGCGGUGUUAAAAUGGCUGCGUCUUUAGUGUUGUAAUGAGCCGUGUUGGUCUUUAUAUCCCGUGUCGGGCCGGGUUCAGUUAAAUAUUGGGGCUCUCCUUUGUUUUCAAUCGCACCGCUGUAUCGAUCGGUUGCUCCUGGAGAUCGCUGAUCGGGGGAAGAGAUGGACGAAAGGUCCGAUAAUGUCGACAACGACGACAUUGUCAUCAUCGUGGAGAACGAGGCGGAAAGUUUGCCGGCCCAGGAGGAGAGGCUCAAGCAGCAGGGCACCAUCGGGCUCAUGGACACUUGUCCCAGCUGCAAGUUGAGCUUCCACAACAGGGAGCCCAAGCUGCUGCCGUGCCUCCACUCCUUCUGCAAGAGGUGUCUGCCGCCCCCCUUCAGGAGUGCCGACCCCAGGCGUGACUCCCAGGGUCAGGUCGACCACAACAAACCACUGGGCGCCAUUCGCUGUCCAGUAUGCAGACAGGAAUGCUGGGAGAUGGACGUGCUGGAUAAUUUCUUUGUCAAGGACUCUGCUGAGGUGCCGAGCAGCACUGUGGAGAAAACCAGCCAGGUGUGUAUGAGCUGCGAUGAUAACACAGAAGCAACAGGUUACUGUGUGGAGUGUGUGGAGUUUCUGUGCUUGACGUGCAUUGAGGCGCACCAACGGGUCAAGUUCACCAGGGAUCACACCAUACGACAGAAGGAGGAGAUGUCUCCAGAAGCAGUUGGCGUUACCACACAGAAGCCUGUGUUUUGUGACAUCCAUAAGCAGGAGCCACUGAAACUCUUCUGUGAGACGUGUGACCGACUCACCUGUCGAGAUUGUCAGCUUCUUAAGCACAAGGAUCACAACUACCAGUUUCUGGAGGAUGCUUACAGAAACCACAGGCAGUACCUGGAGAACAUGACGCAGCAGUUACAAGAGAAACGAAAGACCAUUGAAGAAGUGUCCAGCUGUAUCAGCAACGGACUUCAACAAGUUGAAGAAAACCGUAAAGCUGUAACAAAUGAAAUAAAGAAGUCCAUCUGUAACUUAAUCAUGGAGAUCAACAGGAAGGGGAAGAUUCUGGUUAACCAGCUUGAGGGUCUAACUAAAGAACACGAGAUGGGUUUAAAAAAGCAACAAGACGACGUCAAUUCUCUGAGUCGGCACCUCGAUCAUGUUAUUAGCUUUACAAAAUGGGCCACAGCCAGUCACAGUGGAACAGCUCUGCUGUACUGCAAGAGACUGAUCCUUUACCAGAUCCAUUACCUGAUGAGAGCGAGCUGUAAUCCCUCCAUCGUCCCUCAGAGUUCUGUUCGCUUCCAGUGUCGCUCAGGUUUCUGGGCCACUAACGUAGACCUUGGUUCUCUGACGGUAGAAAGGGGCCCGGGACGACCGCCCAUCCCCAACCACCAAGCAGCUCCCAGGGCAGAGGUGGCCGCUGCAGGUCUGUCGCUCUCCGCUCAGCAGCGACAGAGCACGCUGGCUCAGCUCCAGAUGCAGGUUGACAAGCUUUCCCAACAGUCCCACAGACAGCCCCCUCCCAACCACUGGUCCUGGUACCAGAACGUCAGGCUCCCGGGACCCCCUUGCCCUCCGCCGCCGACCAGGCCCAUCCACGGAGGAUCCUCCCCCUCCCAGGGACCCCUAGGUUUGGCACAACAGGGACGCAGGUAUGGGAGUUCCCACCCCAACACGAGAAGUCCCACUUCCUCCAUGCUUCACAACACGGGAUUCACACCUGCUCAGUCUCUGAGAGAACUGAUCAAUAGCUCCAGCUUCCCUCCCAAACCUGGGGAUGUGUUGCAGGGUACUUCUCGCUACACACAGCCUCUGUCUGCCGGAGCAGCGACACAGAUCUCACUACAUCAGAGGAGCAUGCCUGAGCCCUCCUUCCUGAAGAGGAGUGAAGCCAGCGCAACUGUCCCCUCCAUCUCCAUCUCUAUCCCCAAACCCAGCUACGCUCCAAGUCUCGCCUCAGCAUCCGCAGAUAAAACAAGCACACUUAACCACAUGACAGUUCAAGGAAGGCAAAACUCCCCGAUGGCCAAACCUUCGUCUUCAGACAGAGGCACAGGGACGUCUUCCUGGAAGCAGAGUUCCGAGCCGCCGUCUGCCCCCUCAGCCAAGCGACGAAGAAGGACGUCCCCUGGGCCCAUUAUCAUCAUCAAAGAUGAACCAGAGGACGAGGAUGAAGUUCAUUUUGUGCAGUCCAGCGUUGGGUCCAGCCUGCCCGACAGCAGCACUGGGGCUCAGUCAAAGCCCCGGCUGCAGCAGAAGGUGUCUGUCCCGAACCUGGUCCCUGGAUCAGAGUCUAACGCUGGGAAAGAGCAGUGUCCUCAGCCCGUAGCUCAGCCAGAGUCUGUGAAGAGAGCGGAGCCGGAGGAAGAUCCCAACGAAGACUGGUGUGCCGUGUGUCAGAACGGAGGAGAACUGCUGUGUUGUGACAAGUGUCCCAAAGUUUUCCACCUGUCCUGCCACAUCCCCACGCUGAACGAGUCCCCCAGUGGGGAGUGGUUCUGCUCAUUCUGCCGGGACCUUGUCUCUCCUGAGAUGGUGUACGACUCCGACAGAAAGGACCACGCCGCCUCUGAUGGAUUCUCACCUGUCGAUAGAAGGAGCUGUGAGAGGUUGCUCCUGCGUCUGUUCUGCAAUGACUUCAGCACUGACUUCCAGCAGCCUGCUUCUCCAUCGGAGACCAAAAGGUACAAAGAGCUGAUUCAGACGCCAAUGGAUUUGUCGAUAGUGAAGAGGAGACUUGAGUCUAAGUCGCAGGACGGUGAAUAUUAUAUGUGUCCAGAGGGAUUUGUCGCAGAUGUCAGGCUCAUAUUUUUCAACUGUGCAAAAUACUACAAGGUGACGUCAGAAGUGGGGAGCGCAGGCUUGUACUUGGAAGACUACUUUGAGGAGCAGCUGAAGCUCGUCUACCCAGAUAAGAUCUUCCCUGGUGGGAGGGAAGAGCAGAUGAUUCCUCCUUUAGAGGACGAGAUAGACGAAGAAGAAGAAGUGAUGGCAGAAAAUGUGGCACCCGUGGAGGAUCUAAAACCACAGAGUCCUGCAGGACAAGGAAUCCCUCCUGUGGAAGAGGAUUUGGCUCCACUGGAAGAAGCGCCAGCCACAGAAGAGCAGGGACAGUUGGAAACUAAGGAGAAGGCAACCGACACGAGCGAGAAGGAGACGGAAGAGAAGAAGAUGAAGGAGACGGAAGAGAAGGAGACGGAAGAGAAGGAGACGGAGGAAAUGGAGACGGAAACGAAGGUUGCUGUCGCUGAGGAUGCCACUUCUCCUUCAGAGGAGGUAGAGAAGGAUGAGAAGACUCCUGUGAAGGAGGUGAACAGCUCUUCCGCUGCUGAUAGUGACACAAAAGUCGCUCCCUGCUCCCCAAAGAAAGAGAACCCUGAGCUCCCCGCAGAAAAGACUGUAGAUGCUGCUGAAACCCAGGAGGAGGCUGCAGACACAGCCAAAGAGGAGUCAGCGUAGUUGGUUUACAACGGCGAGAAAGUGGAGUAAAGAUGGAUGAUUUCAGUCUUCCGCAGAAUCGGCCCCAGUGGGGACCUCCAUGUGCUGCAAUCAGAUUUUUUGUACUAUGUUAUAUUUGCAAUAGGGGGGGGGGGGGUCGUCCUGACGAGACAUAUUUAGUGAGAGUGAUGCACAUUUAAGGGACUGAAUAAACUCUUUGUGUUAUUGCUAUACAAAGAUGACAGUUCUGUGAUAAUGACGACGCUAAGAAGCACACAAAGGAUACUGUUUGUUGAUGGGAUCAUGUGUGAGUUAUCAUCACGUUACCUUAUCACCGUAUAUAAUGAUGCCAUCAACUCAAGGCACAAACGCUGCAGUUGAAAUAAGGAAACAAGACUUUGGAUCAGAAAUGCAUGUGCGAUGUCUUAAUAUAAAUAAUAACUCCUCCAUUUCUUUGUGUUUUAGACUUCAGCUCUAAAAUGAGCCACCUGGCUCGUAAGCAAGUGAUGUUUUAUUGCAAAAGUAUUAUUUUUUAUCUUGUUGUUAUUUUGAUAAUGCUUCGUAUCCAACAAAGAGGGCUGCUGUAUAUACUGUAAAAAGAAUUGACCCAUAUAUCAGUGUGACACUGUUUGAGAUUGGAAAUUUUGUGAGAACAAAAAGAAAUUGUCAUUGUUAUCACGGUUAGAUUUUUAAGAAAAUGUCAUCACUUCAAGGUCUCUUACUCCCCUGAAUCCCAAAGAUGAUUCAUCAAGCAGCCGCCUUGUUGUGUUUGUUCACAGACUUUUAUUUAUUGAAAUAUAAUCGCUCUGAGAUUAUUCAGAGACACAAUUAUCAUUUUCUCCUUGUCAGCCUCUGACAACAGUGUGUUUUCCAGAUUGCGACCUUGUCCGGCUGCAUCAUUAAAAAGCAUACUUUUAUCUCA